AUGCUCGUCCCCCUCGUCCUGCGCAACAUUGUCCUCCCAUACCUGCGAUCCGGGAGUCACGCGGGCGUAGCCGCUGCGCAACAACGGCGGCAGGCCGCGACCUCGGCAGUGGCUGCUGCAGCGCAUGCACAUGCGCGCGUCGAGGCGGUGGAGCGCGAUGAUGUGCGCUGGGAGCCAUUCUGCGUCGGCCCACGGGUCCAGCAGGUGAUCCCUGUCCAUCGGCGGCCUCCAAACAAACCGCCGAGCGAGCCGCCAAGUCGGGCUGUACCACUGCCCCAAGCUGAGGCGCCCCAACCGGCGUCUAAACCAGAGCCGGAACAACCAGAGCAACCACGGGAACAGGAGGGGAGCAGGAGAUCCCAGGCAGGCGGAGAACCACAUCCUACUUCCAAACCGCCGUCGUCUUCACUCACCUCAACGUCCACAUCGACACAGAAGGCCAAGACCAAACGUCGACCGCUGCCUCCCCGCAAGCCGACCGAUGUCGAUCUCUCACGGGUGCACAUUAGGCACCGCGCAAUAGUGAUGCCUGUGCCGCUUCGAAAGCUGCUCGACGCGAAGCUGUUCCGUGCGGCCGUGUUCAGCCUGCUUGAGACGCCUGAGUGGAUGGGCGACGAGGAGCUGGUGCUGGCUGUGGUAGACCGACUAGAAGACAAGGGCGCGCUUCAGCUGGCCCACCGACUACGGCGGACGUUGGAGAGAGGUGCUGCCGCCGGCACGGACGGGCGCGUGCGGCUCUGGAGCGACCCGGUGCCCAAGAACCGUCCGAGAGCACCGCCCGACAACCGCGUCCCUCUCGUUCCGCGUCGUGCUUACCCCGAGCCAACGGAGCAGGGACGUCGGACCCACCACUGGAACCUCCUCCUGACCCAGUGGCUGACUGUGCGACAUUCCAUCCCGUACGCGUCCCCGUUCCCCCGCCAAAGGCCGGACGGACACACGCCGGCACCAGCACGCCUUCGUCGUCUCCGCGACGUGUUGCACACGAUCGACAGGUUGCGUGCAACUCGCGGCUUUGUCCCGGACCGCGUCACAGCCAACAUUGUACUCAAGGCGUACCUCUCCUGCCUUGCCCGAGGGACAGUAGGCGAGGGCCGUGACGCGCACCCACUUCCUUUUCGGGCUGGGCUGAGGUCUGAAGACCUCCGUGAGGUGUUCCGCCUCAUCGCGGCGAGUAUCGAGGAGGGGCUUGACAAAGGCCUGGUGGUGCACGACGAGGAUGAGGGCAAAGGCAAGAGGAAGAACAAGGGCAAGGUGCCCUUGGCCGACCUUGAUAUCCUCGAGAAGUUUGACGCGCACGUAUCGUACGAGGCCCAUGUGCAGCCAUUUACUCGGAUGAUGGGGCGCGCGAUGGCACGUGUCGGGGACCACCGGGGCCGCGCCGCGUUAGAGAAGUGGGGCGAGACUAUGCGCGAGCGUAUCUACAAGCUCCAGGAGUGUGAGGAGGCCGCUGGCAAAGCGGUGGGCUCGAAGGAGGCGAAGAGGAAGGGGGAGGAAUAG